AUGAUGAAAGCAAAAGGAAGACAUCCUUUCAAAGGUAAGGGAAAGGUAAAAGAAAAUUCUUCCGUUAAUAUAAAAUGCUUUGGUUGUGGUGAAGCGGGGCAUAUGAAGACCGAAUGCCCAAACAAGAAAAAUGAUGAACACAAGGGCAAAAAGCAAUUCAAGAAGAAAGCAUAUAUUGCUUGGGAUGACAGUGAUUCAAAUUCAGAAUCAAGCGACUCGAAAUUGAAGCAAACAUUUGCUUGA